CGUAGCCACGCCCCCUCAGUUACUGUACUUCCGGUGUUAUGACCUUUGUUUACAGUCUGUCACUUCAAAUAUAGACUCGGUCGCAUGCUCUAAGUAUACACGCUGGUUCUAUUUACGGAACUAACAGUGUUCAGGUUGUCAUCCUCCAAACAUGAUUUGCAGCAAAGUGGGCAGCCGUCAACGUUGUGGCUCGGAGAGCGAACGGAGGCGACAACAGGUGAGCUAGCUAGCUAACUAGCUAGCUUGUUUCGGUGCUACCGAUCGUCUCCUCUCGGCUGUCACCUCCUGCAACUCAGCGGGACCUUUCGGCAAGUUGACCCGUCAGCGCCAACGCCAGUCGGGCUGGAGCUACGCCCACUAGUGAGGACCAGAUUUUUGUGUUGCCCGUCAUCUAAUAGGUGUAGUUUCACCACCAUGGCCUGCAGCUUCUUCAACACGGACGAGGCGUCUCCGGCAGGUCUGACAGACCUUUGCCUGACCUUUGUGAGCCAGAACCUGGAGUGUUUCUGCGUGAAGCGUCCGGAUGGAUCUCUGUGUUUCAGGGAGGCUGUACUCUUCCCCCAGGAGCUCGCAGACCAGCUGCUGGCUAAAAUGGCCACAGAGGGUCUGUUGAAUGACAGCACAGUUGGUGUGUUUCGGACCAGCGAGUACCUGCGGUUGAGGCGAGCGUGCAUCCGCACCGCACGGAUAUCUGCUGAGGCCUUCCAGAGAGCCCUUUGUCCUCACAGGCUUUCAGAGCUGGAUGCGGCCAGGGUCAAUGCAGACCUCACCAUCCCUGAUAUUCUGCAUGGACUGGCCACUAAUAAAUACUGUCAAGAGUCCCUCCAGCGACUUGUUCUCACGGGCCUCACCAUGUCUUCCCUGGAAGAGCCCACCCGACAUGGCUUCAGCUCCCUCCAGGGCCUGCGGUCGCUGUCCUUGGCCAACGUGGACUUCUACGACUCAGGCCUGGCAGACGUGUGUGCCCUGCCUCGGCUGGAGAGUCUGGACCUGUCCAACACGUCGGUCACCAACCUGAACCCGCUGCUGGGCCUGAAGGAGAGGCUGCGCUCGCUGACGCUGCACCAGCUCAAGAGGCUGGAGAUGAGCACCGCGCAGCUGCUGGGCGUCAUCGGACAGUUGGAUGUAUUGCAGCACCUGGACAUCAGCGAUGAUAAACAGUUUACCUCCGACGUUGCUCGUCAGCUGCUCGGACAACCCGGCAUACUUCCCGCUCUGGUUUCCCUGGAUGUGUCUGGAAGGAAACAGGUAACCGAUGCUGCUGUUAAGGCGUUUGUUGAGGAAAGACCUGGAAUGACCUUUGUGGGACUUUUGGCAACGGACGCAGGUUUUUCCGACUUUCUUUCUGGGGACGGAAACCUGAAAGUCACGGGGGAAGCCAAUGAAAUGCAGAUCUGCGAGGCACUGCGCCGCUACGGCGAGAGGGAGGGCUUUGUGAGAGAGGCUCUGUUCCAUCUCUUCAGUCUCACACACGUCAUGGAGAAACCUCGACCUGACAUUCUUAAGCUGGUAGUUUUAGGCAUGAAGAACCACCCCGCCACUCUCAAUGUCCAGUUAGCGGCGAGUGCCUGCGUGUUCAACCUAACCAAGCAGGACCUGGCAGCCGGCAUGCCGGUUCGGCUGCUGAGCACCGUCACUCAGCUGCUCCUGGAAGCCAUGAGGACGUUCCCCAACCACCAACAGCUGCAGAAGAACUGCCUGCUGUCUCUUUGCAGUGACCGGAUUUUACAAGAGGUGCCAUUUAACAGGUUUGAAGCUGCUAAGCUGGUGAUGCAGUGGCUCUGCAAUCACGAGGACCAAAACAUGCAGAGGAUGGCUGUAGCAAUCAUUUCCAUUCUGGCUGCUAAGUUGUCCACAGAACAAACGGCUCAGCUGGGAGCAGAGCUGUCCAUCGUCAAGCAACUCCUCCACAUUGUGCGUCAGAAAGCCACACAGGGCAUGGUGGACGCCACCCUCAAAUUUACACUCAGCGCCCUGUGGAAUCUUACUGACGAAUCACCAACAACCUGUCGCCAUUUCAUCGAGAACCAAGGACUGGAUCUGUUUAUCAAGGUUCUAGAGUCCUUCCCUAACGAGUCGUCCAUUCAGCAAAAGGUUCUGGGUCUACUGAACAACAUCGCGGAAGUGGGCGAGCUGCAUGGCGAGCUGAUGGUGCAGACCUUCCUGGACCACAUCAGGACCCUGCUGCACAGUCCAGAAGUGGAGGUGAGCUACUUCGCCGCGGGCAUCUUGGCACACCUGACGUCACGAGGGAAGGACGCGUGGACGCUCAGCCCCGACCUCAGAUCCUCGCUGCUGGAGCAGCUGCACGGCGUCAUCAUGAAGUGGCCCGCACCCGACUGUGAGAUGGUAGCCUACAGGUCAUUUAACCCCUUCUUUCCACUCCUGGAGUGCUUCCACACGCCUGGGGUGCAGCUGUGGGCGGCGUGGGCCAUGCAACAUGUCUGCAGCAAGAAUGCCUUGCGCUACUGCAGCAUGCUGUUGGACGAAGGUGGCCUUCAGCAGCUGGAGCGCGUUCACACCAACCCGCAAACCCACCCAGAUGUCCAACUGUUGACCGAGAGCAUUUUGGAGAGUCUUGAACGUCAUCGGUCACGUACGGGGAAGCUGACCGGACGCCGCCUGCCACCGCUAUGAGCUCCCAAAAUGGUAACUAAAGAAGCUAAAGAAGAGGAUAUGAUCAAGCUGUAUAGGAUGUGAUUCUUAUCAAGAAUCCCCCAAUUGUACAAAUACAAAGGACAGAGGGUACGCAUUUCUUUGCACAAAAACACACCAAGCUUAUUUAUAUCCUUUGUGUUGGUUUUAAAACAAAAAAUAUAUUUCAGCGAAUGUGUCAUGUAUGCUUAAACAUUAAUGAGACUUCAGCAUUUAUGGACUUGUACUUUGACUAUGGAUUAAAAAAAAAAUAAUACAGCACGAUGUGUGGUCUGGAGCAUGCUGGGACUUUUCAGUUUGGGGACACCUGUGCUACAGGUAUUCCCUCUCCAAGAGGCGGGGCAGUCUGCUAUGCUGUAAAUAAUAAAACAAUAUGGCCAUAUACGGGUCUGUAGGCUGCUCAUACUGCACUGCAAUACUCUCUGUACUCAUGUACUACAUGUGUUGGUAAGCUUGUCGGCAUGUUUGUGUGCAUUUUUAAAAAGCGCUAUUAUGGAAUUAUGUACAUAGCAUUAUGAAGACGUAUUGGCUUGUUCAUCAACGACUUGAAUUUAUUGUAUUGAGUAUUGUACUAGUGACUUUUUUCCCUGAUAAAUUCAGUGAUUGUAAUAAUUAAAAAAGCAACAAUAGAGGCACACAAUCUAAAAGGUCAAGUAAACACUUACCUGCCACCACUUUUUCUUCUUUGCUGUCGCUUGUGCCCAUCAGGAAAAAGCAAAACGUUUUGGUUCAACACUACAUGCUAUACGGCUUCUGAGGAAGUGCAAAAAAGAAGUACACAAUUCUCUAGUUACCUUUUGCGUUAUUCAAAGGUUAUCCUGCUUGUAGUACUUGGACAGGAUCACUUCUUGUGUGUUCAAUUGUGUUUGUUACACAACUGUCAUAAAAGUGUAAAAAGAAGUUAUACAAAUACAGUGGAACCGCCAUAGUUGAGCACAGUUUGUUGAAACUGGUUGACUUCCAAGUCAAAUUUUUGUAUGAAUCUAAAGUGAAUUAUUCCCUUCUCAACACUUUAGAGUUUCGUUUUAACUGUUGAGGCGUAAUUUUACAGACGCCUUGGUUGAACUCCAAAUUUGAUCACUUUGUGUGUGUAAAACAACUCAUACAAAUACAGUGGACCCUCCAAAGUGGAACAGUCUAUCAUGUGAUGCUGGUUGAUGCUAGUUUUCCAAUUAGAAUUCAUGUAAAGUGAAUUCCACAUUUAAACUCCAGAGUUUUGUUUUGACUUUGGAGACAUUUUGCAAGAAAACUAGGAAUCCAAAUUGUACCACGCUGAGGCAUUUGACUGCAGUUCAGUCAUAGAAGAAGAAAAAAGUUAUACAAAUAGAGUGGAACCUCCACAUUUCAGUCUUUCUCGUGAAGCUGGUUGACUUCCAAAUUGUAGACAUUCCCCAAUAGAAAUAAUGAAAAGUACAUCAUUCAUUCAUCGAAACUCCCAUAUCAGGCAUUCCAUUAUAGUUAAGGGGUCAAAAGAAGUGGAACCUCCACAAUUGAAGUCCAAAUUCCGACACUUUUGAGGCGUUCAACUAUAGUUAAGUCAUAAAAAUAAAUGUACAAGUACACUUUUAUACUUGUACUUGUACAAGAAUAAAAUAAGUACACAGCGAACCCUCCUAAGGUUUACCACAAUAUCCUUCCACCAAGACCAACCUUCCAACUUCCAAAAUGUUCAAAUUUCAGAUUUUCCCACUAGAAAUAAUGUGACCUGAAUUAUUCAUUCAUCAAAACUGCCAAGUUUCAACUUUUGAGGCAUAUUUUUUCCAGAAAACUUUGGUUGACUAUGUAAAAGAAGUUAUACAAAUACAGUCCAAAGUUGAACACAUGCAGGUUGUUCCAAUUUCCCAUUAGAUAUUACCUGAAAUAAAAUAUUCAUUCAUCAAAACUCUUGUAGUUGAAACUCUGAAGUUAACCACAAAUCAUUUGGGGAUGCUGGUUGACUUCCAAGUUGUUUGAUGUUUGAAGAAAAAAACAAACAUAGGAAAUAAUGCAAGAUGAACUACGAAAUCUUUACUAAUUGUUUACAAAUUUGUUUUUCCAGAAAAUGUUUGGUCUAAAUCAUAUCAUGUUUUGGCGCCUUAAACUGCUGUAUGACAUUACUAUGGUUAUUGGUAUCUUUCAUAAGUUUUUAUAAGGUUUGUUUUUCCCCACUUAGGAAAUAAAGA